AUGUACGCUAGGGGAGGCCUGCGCGCGCUGAGCAAGACGUCACAGAUUCCUUGCAUCCGCCGGCUUCGUGCUCCAUGUCGACUUGCGUCGUCGCGUAGACCGCAGAAGAACGAGGAGCCCAAAGGCGGCACGACCACUCCUGUGCCCGAUGAAGCCUCGAUUGUUGUUUCGAAAUCGGCAUACUACUUCGAAGCAGGAUACGGCCUCUUUGCUAAACGACCUUCCCGACCAUUCCCACCACCUUUCUUAUCUCCCCCGUCGGGCUCCUUCUCAGACCCCUUGAGCACACAUGAUCGAAGCCGCGACCGCCGCCCGUCUGUGAACGGCGACAUGAUUCGCGGCAUUACUAACGGCGACGAUGCAGUCCUGGUCAGCGAUAACUUUAUCGGUGCAAACGACGGUGUGGGAGCCUGGGCUAGCCGUGAGAGAGGACACGCCGCGUUGUGGUCACGUCUCAUACUCCAUUUCUGGGCCCUCGAAGCUGAAAAGGAUGUGUACGGAGACGAUUCGGAGCCCGAUCCUGUCAAGUAUCUGUCAAAGGCGUACCAGCAUACCAAAGACGCAACCAGCAAGCCCAACGAAUGGUUCGGCACCACCACUGCAUGCGGCGCCCUGUUGCAUACCGACUCUUCCUCUCCGGCUCAUCCUAUACUCUACGUAACUCAACUGGGCGACUCUCAGAUACUGGUCAUACGGCCAGAGCAUCGCGAGGUCAUCUACAAAACUACCGAACAGUGGCACUGGUUCGACUGCCCCAGACAGCUUGGUACCAACAGUCCCGACGAGCCUGACAAGAACGCCGUCAUGGACAAGAUCACGAUUGCAGAAGACGACAUCAUUCUCGCCAUGUCUGAUGGCGUAGUAGACAACCUCUGGGAACACGAAGUUGUCGACAACGUCCUGCAAAGCAUGGAGAAAUGGAGAUCUGGCAACGUUUCACAAGUGAUGCGCUCAGACGACCAAAGUACCUACGCGGGAGGCAUGCAAUUCGUUGCGCAGGAGCUGGUCAAGGCGGCUCGCACCAUCGCCCAGGACCCUUUUGCGGAGAGUCCAUACAUGGAGCGCGGGAUCGAAGAAGGUCUCUCUAUAGAGGGCGGCAAACUCGAUGACAUCAGUGUCGUGGCGGCUGUUUGCAAGAAAAGAAGAGGCAGAUGA